AUGAUGAACAUCAAGAUGGACCACCACCUAGGCCAUAACCGCUCCGGAUGUCACUAUGGAGAUGCUCUUGUGGGUUAUUUGCGGCUCACUUUGUUGGGAUGCCUCCUCUGGCACGCCCUCCCAGCGAAUGCUGCCACCGUGACCUACGACUUCAACAUCACCUGGGUCACAGCAAACCCCGAUGGCAUGGCAGACCGCCCAACCAUUGGCAUCAACGGGCAGUGGCCGGUUCCCACCAUCCGAGUCAACAAGGGAGACCGCCUCAUCGUCAAUGUGCUCAACUCUCUCGGAAACCAGUCCACGUCGCUGCACUUCCACGGCCUCUUCAUGAGCGGUGCUACCCAUAUGGAUGGGCCUGUUUCCGUGACGCAAUGCCCCAUCGUCACAUCUGACCUGCCCUUCACAUACAACUUCACGGUCGAUCAACCCGGAACCUACUGGUACCACUCACACAUCCACGGCCAGUACCCUGACGGCUUGCGUGGCCCGCUCAUUGUCCAUGACCCGGAAUCACCCUUCAAAGACAUGUACGACGAGGAGGUCGUCAUGACCGUGUCGGACUGGUACCACGACCAGAUGCCCGGCUUGCUCGGACGAUUCAUGAGCAAGGCCAACCCAACCGGCGCCGAGCCUGUGCCGAACUCGGCCUUGCUCAACGACACGCAGAAUGUGUUAGUCCCGUUGCAGCCGGGCAAGACAUACCUCUUCCGCAUGGUCAACAUUGGCGCUUUUUCCGGUCAGUACAUUUGGUUCGAGGGCCACAACAUGACCAUCCUGGAGGUCGAUGGCGUGUACACACAACCCGCUGAGGCAGCCAUGAUCUACCUCGCUGCUGCUCAAAGGUGCAGUUUUCUCAUCACAGCCAAGAACAAUACCUCUAGAAACUUCCCUAUCGUUGCGAGCAUGGACACGGAUCUGUUCGACACCCUCCCAGACGGCCUGAACUGGAAUGUAACUGGGUGGUUAUUUUACGACACCGCCGGACCUCUCCCGCAACCCGCCGUUGUAUGUGACCCUUUUGAGCCCUUCGACGAUAUGGGCCUCGUCCCGUGGGACAACCAAACCAUCCUCGGCGAGCCAGAUCAGACCAUUGCUCUAGACGUCAUUAUGGACAACCUCAGUGACGGCGCGAACUAUGCCUUCUUCAACAACAUCACCUACGUCGCACCCAAAAUUCCAACCCUCUACACAGUUCUCACCGCCGGCGAACACGCCACCAACCCCACCGUCUACGGCACCUACACACACCCGUUCAUCCUCGAAAAAGACCAGGUCGUCGAUAUUGUGCUCAACAACCUUGACCCGGGCAAGCACCCCUUCCAUCUGCACGGCCACAACUUCCAGGUUAUUUGGCGCUCCCCCGCCAAGGCUGGCACAUCUGCCGGCUCCAAUGUCACGGCAGCUGACUUCCCGUCCAUCCCAAUGAGGAGGGACACGGUGGUCCUGAAUCCAAACGGAAAUAUGGUGUUGCGUUUCAAGAGUGACAAUCCAGGCGUCUGGCUCUUCCACUGCCACAUCGAAUGGCACGUCCAGUCCGGGCUCAUGGCCACCUUCAUCGAGGCCCCGCUCGCCGUGCAGGACCAGACCCUGGACACCCUCGAUACCCAUGGUGCCGCCGGGGAGGUUGCCUGA